CCGGGAACCGAAACGAGCGGAUUAUCUUCAAAAGCAUGGUGCAAAAGUAUGAAUCUCCCGUCAGGAUCUACAAAUAUCCUUUCGAGCUGGUUGUGGCGGCCUACGAACGUCGGUUCCCCACCUGUCCGCAGAUGCCGAUCGUACUGGAUUGCGAGAUAAUCGAGGAUAGCGUGUACGAUGAUGGAGCAAGGCGUGAUACGAAGCGGCGGUGCAAGAUCGCAGUCGAGGCGCCCUAUCUCAUCAAGAAGAUCAUCGGUGUCGAUGUGGUGUUCUUCAUCCAGAAGAACUUCCUCGACAUGAAGACGCGCACGCUCAACAUCGAGGCCACUAACGAAUCGUUCGCGACGCGCGUGGAAAUCUUCGAAAAGUGUCGCUACUAUGCGCAUCCGGAAAAUCCCGACUGGACGUGCUUCGAUCAGACGGCGACGCUGGAUAUAAAGAACUUUUUCGGCAUCGAACAUUCGAUGGAAAAGAUGGGCAUGAAGCAGUACACCCAGACGACGCUCAAGGGCAAAGAAAUCAUUGAAUAUUUUGUCAACGAGCUCAAGCAGGAAGGCAUCACGCAUGUGGACAGAUGGGCAGCUGAAGAGAUAGCAAAUUCCACAACGGCACCCAGCACCAACGCGGCACUCCCCGAGAAGCCUCCGCUGUGCCGCGAUAACUCCAUCCUAGACGCUGAUUACAUCGCCAAAUAUCUCGGCCAGCUGACACCGUUGCAGGAAUCGAAGCUGGUGCAGUUGCGCAAACGGUUCGAGCACGGCACGUCCGAACACCCGGAACCAGACUAUCAAACGCUGUUACGAUUUUUGCGUGCGCGCGAUUUUAGCAUCGAUAAGGCGACGGGCAUGCUGCAGGAAUCACUUCAAUGGCGCAAGGAGCACAGAAUCGACGAUAUUCUCAGCGAGUACAAAACACCGGCCGUGGUGGAAAAGUACUUCCCGGGCGGUUGGCAUCACCACGAUAAGGAUGGACGACCUUUGUACAUCCUCCGGCUCGGCACGAUGGACGUCAAAGGAUUGCUCAAGUCGGUCGGUGAAGACGAGCUGCUCAAAUUGACGCUACACAUUUGCGAGGAAGGCUUGAAAUUGAUGAAGGAAGCGACCAAGCUUUUUGGCAAACCGAUCUGGAACUGGUGCCUGCUGGUUGAUCUGGACGGGCUGUCGAUGCGUCACUUGUGGCGUCCGGGAGUUAAAGCCUUGCUGCGCAUCAUCGAAACGGUUGAGAAAAACUAUCCGGAAACGAUGGGCCGUGUGUUGAUCGUACGGGCGCCACGAGUAUUUCCCGUCCUGUGGACCAUCGUCAGUACAUUCAUCGAUGAAAACACGCGAUCAAAGUUUCUAUUCUUCGGUGGUCCCGAUUGCAUGCACGCAGAGGAUGGAAUUGAGCAGUACAUAGAUACGGACAAGAUUCCCAGCUUUCUAGGUGGAUCGUGCAAUCCCAGCAUACUGACGGUGGUGGAAUCGAUACCGGCUAAGCUAUACACCCGCUGCUUUCUGAGCGUGUGUCAUUGUACUUUAAUCCACGAGGGUGGUUUGGUACCGAAACAUCUCUACAAGUCGGAAUCGAUUGAAGAAAACAACGGUGCAAUCCACGCACACGAUCAUCACGGGCUGUACAAGGCGAUUGAUCUCAAACCGGGCCAAAUGUUCGAGCUACUGAUUUGCAACACCGACCCAAAGAGUGUUCUUACGUGGGACUUUGAGGUGCUGAAAAAUGAUACCCUUUUUGCCGUUUACCACACCGAGAAGGAGUUGGAGCAAAGUGGGACUGAUGACUUUUCCUCCGUGUUUGAUGCGCCGGACUUCAAAGAGGGUACAAACUAUAAGAAAAUUGAGCAAAGUGUCAAGUGUCGGCCAAAGGAAGGCGUACAGGGAUCACACGAAAUGGCAUCCACUGGCACGUACGUCCUGCAGUGGAUGUGUCCACCGUCCUGUGACGGUCCUGCUCAACUGAUGUAUUUCCACGAAAUCCUCAGCUCAGCGAACUACAAAGGUUCUAUGACUAGUCUACAGUCGGGAUUCUCCUCCAACAGCUUACAAUCUCGAUGAUGAACGUACGAGACUGAACGGGGGAAUGCUGUGCCCUCGACGCACGCUGCCACAGUUGGAGUUGCCCAGCCAACCG